AUGCUUGAGAACGCUGCGCACUCGCUGAAAAUCCGUCCGUCGCGAUUGGAUCUCAUUGACAAUAGGCAACUAACCUCUUUCCCGCUUCCGCACCCGAACUUCGCACAGACCAGCCCGCACGGAGAGCUUUUACUAGUGGAAGAUUAUAUUCAUUACCCAAAGGGUUUUCGCAAAAAGACCUCACUAUUUGAUAUCAAGCGUGCCAUUGACAAUGAUAUGACACCUCCUGAUGCCUUGUUGCCUCUCUACUACCGCAAACAGAGCGUCAACUCGAGCUCUACCCUCAAUAGUGAAACGGAGGCCUACAUCAAGACGACAGAGUCUAAUUUACGAUACUGUGUUGUUUGUGACCGUCCGUUGUACGACCUGAGCUCUCUGCUCCCUCGAAGCCGGUGCGCAGAGAUUGUUUGCUGCCACUGUUUUCAAGAGUACGAGACUCUCCAGGCUGCUCUGAAGAAAAUAGAUCCAGCACUCGCUCACUUGUCUUCCGACACAGAGUCGGAAAAUACGCCAGAAACAGUGAACGUAGAUUUUUCAGACGCAGACCAAACGGCAGAAACACUAGAGACGGCAAGAGAUACUAACAAUACCGUCUGUCUCCACACCACCCUCAACGAUUCUGCUACCUUCGACGCCAUUAUAUCAACUCUACGACGCAUACAGAUUGCAGACGAAAUUGCAAGAUCACAGCCACGCAAGAAACCCAGCCCUAUGAGAAGCCUAUUAAGCAUUAGGAGCAGGCUGAGUUUAAGAACAUAA